ACAUUUUCUAGGCAGACAGCGAAAAAGCAUACCAAAAGAAACAAAAUAAAUACAGAAGAAAAAUAUUGCGUCGCUGCCGGAAAACAAUUUAAUACCUAAAAUUUCUGCAAACAACGGCUGCUUGUAAUUGUUAAACAAAUUCCAUAUAAGAUGAGCAGUCAAAGUCAAUAUAAAUUGCUAUCGUUGACAAAGGCGCGGUGCGACGAUGUAAAACUAACAGAACGAUUCUCAGAGCAAAUGGCACAACUUUGUAUGAAUGACGAUUAUUCCGAUGUUACUUUCAUAGUAGAAAAUCAGAGGCUACCUGCUCAUCGCGUCAUUUUGGCAGCACGUAGCGAAUAUUUUCGAGCUCUUUUAUUUGGUGGAUUGUGUGAGUCUCGACAAAGCGAAAUUGAGCUGCGUAUUCCAGUCGAAGCUUUCAAAGCUCUCUUGAAAUACAUUUACUCUGGUCAUAUGCCACUCGCACAGAUGGAUGAGGAUAAUAUACUUGACACUUUGGGCUUGGCUAAUCAGUAUGGUUUUAGUGAAUUAGAGCAUGCCAUAUCACAAUAUUUACGACAAUAUUUGGCGUUGAGUAAUGUUUGCGCAAUUUUGGAUGCAGCUCGUUUAUAUAAUUUGGAGAAACUUACAGAAGUUUGUCUGACAUUCAUGGACCGCAAUGCUGCCGGUAUACUGCAGCAUGAGACUUUCCGAUUACUUUCAAUGGAAUCGCUAAAAGAAGUUUUACGACGAGACUCGUUUUUUGCGCCUGAAGUGGAAAUCUUCUUAGCUGUAUGGGAUUGGUGCAAAAGUCACACAAACAUUAAUAUUGAUUCGGUGGUUUCCUACGUUCGCUUACCUUUAAUGAAACUAGAAGACUUGUUACAAGUUGUUCGUCCCUCAGGUAUUUUGGAGCCCGAUAAAUUGCUUGAUGCAAUACAAGAGCAAACCACUUCGAAAUAUUUACCCUACCGUGCUGCUCUAUGGCCGGAAGAGAAUGUCGCUACAGCGAAAUUUCUUUCACGAACCAUACUCGGUGAAUGUCGUGCAGCUUUAUUAGAUGGAGAUUUUGUAUCUUAUGAUAUGGAAAAGGGCUAUACCCGCCACUGCAUUGGGGACAAUAUUGAAGGUGGAAUCACGGUGGAACUGGGAACAAUGUGUAUUAUUAAUCAUAUAAAAAUUCUACUCUGGGAUCGUGACAAUCGCUCAUAUUCUUAUUACAUUGAAGUGUCGGCAAAUUCAACAAAUUGGGAUCGCGUUAUUGAUUACACUCAGUAUUACUGUCGUUCUUGGCAAUUUUUGUAUUUCCCUGAGCGCCCGGUGCGCUACAUUAAGCUUGUGGGUACACAUAAUACAGUAAAUAAGGUAUUUCAUGUGGUUGGUCUGGAGGCGAUGUACACUUCGGCUAUACCAAAGGUGGUCAAUGGCAUUGUAGCACCAACUACAAAUGUUGCACGCACAGAUAUGAGCGCCAUCGUCGUGGAUGGCGUAAGUCGUACACGUAAUGCAUUACUAAAUGGUGAUUAUGUGAAUUAUGAUUGGGAUUCUGGUUACACCUGUCAUCAGUUGGGCAGUGGAGAAAUUGUAGUAAGAUUAGGUCAACCGUAUGUUAUUGGUUCAAUGCGUCUACUGCUAUGGGAUUGUGAUGAUCGCACCUAUAGCUUUUAUAUCGAAACAUCAGUGAAUCAAAAAGAUUGGCAUAUGAUUGUUGACAAACGUAACGAACAGGUACGUUCGUGGCAAAAUUUUUCAUUCACCCCAAGGCCAAUAGUAUUUAUACGCAUUGUAGGCACGCGUAAUACAGCAAACGAGAUAUUUCAUUGUGUGCACCUGGAGUGUCCUUCGCAGGAUCCAAAUUUUUUGCAAAUGGAAAAGGAGCAAGAACAGCGCGCCAAUUGCAAAGCUCUUGAUGCUUCCAGUGUAAGCAGUGAAGGUGAUGAUAGCAUAGCAGGUGCCAAUGAAAAAUUAAGCAAUAAUGAUGCAACUCUGAAUCAGCCAAACAACAAUGAGCAAUUGCCAGACGAAAUUCUUAUUGGUUUGGAUAGCAUUUCGGUUGAAGGAAAUUGAAUAUAUUGUAUUUCGAAAAAUAACUAGAUACUGUGAGCUGCCUUAUCAGCAUCUCGAAUAAUGGCCAUAUUUUAAGCAACUUAAAUUCAAAGGUUGAACAUUUUGUACUUGAAAAUCAGAAUUCUAUUUUGAAAAUUUUAUAUGAAGCGACUCUUUGUGAUGCUUCUUUAUAUUUUAAAUCUACAUACAUACAUACAUUAAAAAUACAUAACAAAAGGUAUAUGCGUGGUUGCAAUCAACAAGCGUUUGCUUUAGUACAACUUGUUUAGUGAUGUAAAUUAUUGUUUGUAAUAUUCUUUAUAAGUGUUAAAAUUAUAUUUGAGCAUCUAAUGAAUAACACUCGAGCAGUAAA